AUGUGUCAUGAUCCGUUUCACUUGCAUCAAGUAACAGCCCGUUAACACCGCAGGUCUUAUAUUUGAGUAGUUUGUCAACCGUGGACACUGACAAGAUGGCAUUACUAUUUAAAGAUGCCUUUUGGGCAGUGGACUUUAUCAGCAACGCAGGGUACGAGACUAUCAGUCAGAGACUAAAUGAUGGUCGACGGACAUGCAAGGACAUGGAAGAGCUCUUGAAGAUGAGGGCAUCGGCAGAUGAGAAAUACGGCAAGGAACUUGUUACCAUUGCACGCAAGGUUGGGGGACUAUAUGAGACCAGCACUAUAAGAACAUCUUUUGAUGAAAUGAAAGCACAAAUUGAAAAAGUAGGACACUUGCACAUUCAGUUAUCUGCAUCUCUCAAGGAGGAAGUGAAGAGAAUGGAGGACUUCAGAGAGCGACAGAAAGAACAGAGAAAAAAGUUUGAAGUCAUCAUGGAGAAGGUCCAGAGGACAAAAGUCUCUCUCUUUAAGAAAACAAUAGAUUCUAAAAAAUCCUAUGAGCAGCGUUGCAGAGAGGCAGAUGAGGCAGAGCAAAACGGCGAGAAGAUGGCCAACGCUCCCACAGCCACUCCCAAACGGGCCGUGAAGAUGAACAACAAAUCUAAACAGUGCAGAGAAGCCGCAGAGGAGGCUGAGAAACAAUACAGGCUGAACAUCCAACAGCUUGACAAGACUCGUCAAGAGUGGGAAUUGACACACAUCAACACAUGCGAGAUUUUUCAGCUGCAGGAAGAAGACCGCCUCAGCGUAUUACGGAAUGCCCUGUGGGUGCAUUGUAACCAUUUAUCAAUGCAGAGUGUUAAGGAUGAUGAGUGUUACGAGGCUGUGAGGAAAACGCUAGAAAAUUGCAACAUCAUCACAGACAUUAACAGCUUUGUGGAGUUGAAAAGCACUGGCUCCGCCCCCCCGGCUCCAAUCGAAUACCAAAAUUACUAUGAAACGGAUGCCGGAGAAAACAGAAACGGCAGUUGUGGAUUUGUAGGAGGAGUGAUGAAAAGGUUUUCAAAUCUUCUGCAGUCGUCCAGUGGCUCAAAAUACAGCAUCAAUGAACAAGUCGCACAACCUGCAGAACCCUCAGACGGAGUCUACGCUGCCAUUCCUGGAUUUGAGGGGUCCCGGCUGAGCAGUGACGGCUACAUGGUCGUCUACGAAUAUGUGGCAAAGGGGGAGGAUGAGCUCUCUGUGUCGGUCGGCGACGUUGUGGUCGUCUUAGAGGAAGGCGAGGAUGGCUGGUGGACGGUGAAGAGAAAUGGUCUAACUGGAUUGGUCCCAGGCUCCUACCUUGCCAAAGCAUAAGUUUUCCUCACAGCCAUUAAGUAGAACUACUACAGUUCAUUCUGUCACAUUUGUUCAGGCCUUGCCAUCUCAAAUGACCUUGUUUUUAGCUUGUUUUGCUUAUGUUUUCCAUGCACCAUUACAGCCCCUUUGAGUAGGAUUUGAAAAUGGGUUAGGGUAUAUCAUAGCACGAGAGUUUAUUAAUGUUAUUUAUUGUUAUGGCACACAUUCAUGUUACUUUGCCCUUAUUUCGGACCACUGGGAGAUUAAGUGAUCUCCUGCAAAAGGUCUCUGCACUAAGUCUAUUACUGUACUGUGGCUUUCUUUAAUGUCUGCGUUUUUUUAAUAUGAAGCUGUGUAUAAUUUCUGUGUGGUGACUGUUUCCAUUCUGAAAGUAGCUGAAAUGACACCGGGCACUAUUGUAAGUGUGUAGGCAUCUCAAAAAUGGUUGUAUGGUGGUGACUAAAUAUACCAGAAGAAAAUACAACAUUUAAUGUUUCCAGUAAGUCUUAUAUAUAAAAGGCAUGUGGUACAUGUUGAGCCCGUGGUAACUUUGGAGAAGAAGCGGUAUAAAACAAAGAUUAGACAGAGAACGAAGCAUUCUGAUGAGUAUGGGAACUCUCACACCUUUCUUAAUGACUUUUCAAUAUCAGCUUUAUCAAGUCAGAAAGAGAAACACAUUUUGGGAUGUAACAUACCCACUUUGUAACAUAUUGUCAUAAAAUUGUGCAAUCUUUUAAUUUCAA